GUCGGACUGAGAAGAGAGUUCCUCAGAUGCUCUUCAUGUGUUCUUGUACGCUUGCGCAGUAGUAAAAAACAUGGUAGAAGGGGUAGAAAAUCAGUGGUGGGGAGCCCGAAAGCAUUGAAGCAACUGAGGAACUCUUUUCUCAGUUCGACUAUAACGAACUUUUUGUUGUUGUUGACAUCAUGAGUUGUGGAGUUUAUUUACAGUGAUUUUUUAUGUCUGUACAAAACAAUCUAUCGACAUUAAAAAUUUGGUUAUUUUAGAAAAUAAGAAAAGAAAUAAUUAAUUACAUAAAUAUAACAACAAGAAACUGCCAAAAUGCCUUGCGUUUCCUCAAGUGCUGUCAUACCGGCUAUGACUGAAAUAUUUACGAUUGCUCAAGAAAGUAAAGCUAAACAUCGAAAGCUAUUGAAAAAGCUGAAAAAACUUUAUGAUGAUGCUAAUGAAGAUGAAUUUACCAACGCAUUCAUCAAUUGUAUAAAAGUACCGUUUACAGUUAUUGAUAAUAAUCCAGCAGUGAUGAAUACAAUGCAUUUUAUUGCAAGUUUUGCUACGAGUUUAAUAUCGUCUAAUGAAACUACUGACACUACUGAUCCCGGAAGUAUGUGUCAAUUUCUGGCACAAUUGAUAGAUUUUCUUUUGAAAUCUCAUGAUGUUGUCGAUGUUGCAGUAAGAUAUAGAGUUUGUCAUUUUUUCAAUUUAUUUUUAAAUUCCAUGGGAGAAGAUGCACUGAUUGAUGAUGAAUUUUUUGAGAAAAUACAACUUAGUUUGACACAUUGUUUAUUGGAUAAGUCACCAAAAGUACGAGCUCAAGCAACUUAUGCAUUACAUAGACUUCAAGAACCAUCAAAUGAUCAAUGUCCUGUAAUUAAAUUGUACCUUUUCCAUUUAUCCAAAGAUCCAAGCUCAGAGGUACGCAAAGCAGUGAUAAGUAGCAUUGGACGUAAUGGAAAAGCUUUACAAGCUAUUCUUCGAAGAACUCGUGAUAUCAGUGAUACUGUUCGUAAAGCAGCAUAUAUUUUUAUCAGUAAAAUUCUUGUUCGCUCUUUAACAAUUAGAAAUCGAGAAGCACUACUCCGUGAAGGAUUGAAAGAUCGUUCAGAAUCAGUACGAAAUGUCAUUAAAGAAACUCUUUUACCUGCAUGGCUUCAACAUCUCAAUAAUAACUAUAUAGAUUUAAUAAGAGCUCUUGAUGCUGAAACUAAUUCUGAAACAAUUAGUAUGGUUUUACCUAUUUUGUUUAAUAAAAUUGAAAAGACAGCUUUAAUAAAAGAGAUCCCUCUAGACUUCAAUGAAAAAUUAAUACCAAUCGAUAAUCUAAACAGCGAAAAUGUUGUUUUUUGGAAGUGUCUUGUGGAUUAUUUUCAUCAAAGACAAUGCACAGAUUUAAUCGACGAAUGUCUCCCAGAGUUGAGUAAAUUUUGUCAGUAUAUCAGCAAAUAUCAAGAAAAAAUGACUUCUGGAGAGUAUUCUAAUAUUGAAAAAAUGACACAGCAAUUUAUAUUAUAUCAAUUAUUUGAAAUUGCAAAGACUUAUGAUCUAUCUGAUGAAGCAGGCCGAUCAAACUUGAAACAAUUGAUGAUUGAUACUUUACUGAAUGAAAAUCAUACUGGAAAAAUAAUUGAUUCUAUUGUAAAGUAUUGUGAAAAAGUUAUUCCUGACAUAUCAACACGUUUGAAUUGUUUAGCACAUGUUAUUAGUGAUAUCCGAGUUCCAAUGAAGACAAAUAUUGAAGUAGAACAAAUCUCCGAUGAUGAACAACAUGAAAGAUUAAUGCAAAUACAAAGAAUAAAAAUGAGUAUGGUGACACUAGAAAAUGAAUUAUAUGAUGCAGUUCAAAAUGAAGAUUUUAUUGAAGCUCAACGACUGAAACAAGUACUCAGUGACAAACAAAAAGAAAUUGAUGCGAUAAAUGUAAAUCCUGCUGUACCACAAACUCAAGAACCAGAAGCUUGUGAAGAAAAAAAUGAUCCAGAUACAAUGAUCAAGUGUUUACAGAUUAUGUGUGGAAUGGCUCAAGCACCAUCGAUUAAAACUCUCACACCAGUUUUAAGAAGUUUGUUUGAGAACAUGGCACUUGGUGCUUUGCUUCAUACGAAUAACCCAGUUCAUAUUUCAGCUUUGAAAGCAGUUGGCAUUUGUCUUCUAUUAGAUAAAGAGUUAGCAAAAAAGCAUUGGAUGAUUUAUCUUUUACAAUUUACUGAAGAAGAUCGUGAUGUAUGGAUUGUAUCACUUAAAGUUAUUUUCGAUUUAUUUUUACUUUACGGCCUUGAUUAUUUUGACGUUGCUCCAGAUGAUAAUGAAAAUAAUUCUCAAAAUGAAAGUAGACGCAACGGUCGUCCAUUGUACAAUAAUACGGAAGAAGACAUUACUGGUUUUAGUUUAGUUUCUGAGAAUGAAAAUAAUAAUAAUAUUGUUAAAAUUAUGCUUGCUCUUUUAGAGCACGGAGAUCAAGACAUUCGUACCAUAACAACUGAAGGUUUCUGCAAGCUUUUACUUCAUGGAAAACUGUGCAGUGUACCUCUUGUGUCUCGAUUGAUUAUUCUGCUUCAUAAUCCAGUUACUGAUGACGAUGUCAACUUGCGAAAUUGCUUAAUUACUUUUUUCAAAACUUAUGUAUUAAAAGGACAUCAAAGUCAUGAAAUUCUUUCACGUGCUUUUAUGCCAACACUUCGAAUUAUCGAAAAUGCCCCUGAGGGAAGUCCUCUUCAGGCUAUUGAUCCUAACCAUAUAUCCGAUUUUAUUCUUGGUCUUACUGAUAGUAAACUUCAUAAGCCAGAAUUGCAAAAUUAUUCUGUACAUAAUGAAUUAGCAUUUUCUAUUCUUGCUGAAAUACUUACUCCUAAAUACCAUAUUGAUCGAGAAAUCUUAUUAAAAGCUUUGACAUUUUUAAACGUUUCUUAUGAUGAAGAGAGUAAGAAAGAUAUAAAAAUAGCCUUGGACAAAAUCAUAGAAACUAUGAGCGAGAUGAACAGAAAUGUAAAGACAUAUCUCAGAAUAUUUUCUCGUAAAGUUGAAGGAAAAGUUACUCAACCAACAGGAGAGCAACAAGAACAGUCACAAGAACCACCAACGCAACACCAAGAAGACAAUGAAAAUGAAUUAAUGGAACAGGAUGAAAAUGAAGAGUGUGAAAGCGAAAAAUCAGCUUAGUAUUUAAUUUUGAUGUAAAAUAAUAGUUUAUUUAUUUCGUAAACUCAUACUUGAUGCAAUAAAAUUUGUAUUUUUUUAAUUUUUAAAUAAAAUAGAAUAUAUAUUUGAAAUGUA